CUCCAGGCUUAUAUUAUAUAUUAUGCGCAAGAAAAAUAUUUCAACCAUGUAAGGCAAUUUGCAAAUUUAGAACUGGACAAAUACAUCAAUGAUCCAGUGUUUCAGUUUUUCAAGGCAUAUGGAACCUUACAUUUAGGCCAAAUACAAGAUGCUAUCUUACAGCUAGAGAAUGCCAGGAAAUGCCACUCUGAUGUUUCAUUAUGCUGCCUUUUAGCACUCAUUUAUGCACACAAAAUAUGUGAAAAUGUUGUAUAUGGAUUUUUUUUUUUUUUACCUUUACAGGGUCUUAUGCUUAAAGGAUGGGUGUACUGUACAUCUGACAAACAGCAUGCUAUUAAGAAAUCUAUCAAAUACUUAGACGAAGGGAUCCAAGACACCACCGAUAUAUUUGGGAUGAUGGGAAAGGCAAGAUAUUUCAUGAUGCAACAGAACUAUUCAGGUGCUCUGGAAGUAGUUAACCAAAUAAUAGUCAAUUUUUCUGGUUUCAUACCUGCAUUUAUCCUCAAGAUGAGGCUAUUUUUAGCUCAGCAAGACUGGGAGCAAACUUUAGAAACUGCACUAAGAAUCCUGAGCAAAGAUGAGACCAAUAUAGAUGGACUUCAAGCUAGUAUUGUAAAUGAGCUUUCAAGAACUGGAAACUUGAAUGCAGCAUCAUUUCAACUUAGAGAUUUUAUUCAUUCUUUGGAGACUAAAGAACCUCAUAAUGCAGACUUACAUCUUCGAAAAAUCCUUGUGGUCAGUAGAUUGUGUGGGAAGAAUCAACAAAUCUUGCAGCUAAUAUAUGGAUUUAUUGAACGCUCUUAUACAAAAUUAAAGUCUUCAGAUGCAUGUUUUGCUAAUGAGCUGGGAUAUCAACUAAUUCUUCAGGGGAAGUGGAAAGAUGCUUCUGUGUGGUAUAGAAGAGCAAUGGAGCUGGAUGAAAGUAGUGUAGAUGCUCUAACAGGUAUUAUUUGGUGCCAGGUGCUGGAAGGGAAGCUGGAUGAAGCAGAGCAUCAGCUGGAAUUCUUAAAGGAAGUUCAGCAGUCCAUUGGAAAAUCUGCGGUUCUAGUUUAUCUUCAGGCAGUUAUUGCUUCAAAGAAAAACAAGAAUGAACCAGUUGCAACUGCCCUUUUGAAUGAAGCUGCAGAACUUCAUUUUUCUGCUUUGCACGGCCUUCCUCUGAGCAUGGAAUACUAUGAAAAACUAAACCCCAUGUUCCUGAUUGAAAUCGUGAAGGAAUAUUUAGUCUUCUGUCCCAAACAGCCUAGGUCACCUGGUCAAAUUGUAUCUCCUUUUCUUAAACAAGCAGCUAUAAUUUUGAAUCCAGUGGUUAAAGCUGCUCCUGGUAUGCUGGAGCCUCUUUAUCUAAUGGCACAAGUCAAAUAUUUAUCAGGUGAGUUGGAAAAUGCACAGGGUACUCUGCAACGUUGUCUAGAUUUGGACCCUACAUCAGCAGAUGUCCAUCUUCUCAUGGCCCAGAUCUAUCUGUCUCAAGGAAAUUUCAGAGAGUGUUCUCAUUCAUUGGAGUUGGGGGUCAGUCAUAAUUUUCAGGUAAGAGCUAGUACUGACUACAAAAAAAUCUUUUUAUUGGAAGUAUUUGUUCACAAUAUACAAUACGCUCAUGAAGCAACUAAAAUUAUGCAGGAUGCCAUUAAUGAAUUUAGUGGAACUCCAGAGGAAAUCCGCAUCACUGUUGCUAAUGUAGAUUUGGCUCUCAGUAAAGGGGAAGUGGAAAUAGCACUAAGCAUGCUGAGAAAUAUCACCCCAAGCCAGCCAUAUUAUACUGAGGUUAAAGAAAAGAUGGCUCAGAUAUACCUUCAGAUACGGAAGGAUAAGAGACUAUACAUUGGAUGUUAUUGCGAACUGUGUGAACAAUUGCCAAGUCCUCAUACUAGCCUUCUUUUGGGAGAUGCCUACAUGAAUAUUCAAGAGCCAGAGAAAGCUGUGGAAGUAUACGAAGCAGCUCAAAGAAAGAAUCCUUUAGAUGCAACACUGGCCAGAAAAAUUGGACAAGCAUAUGUGAAAACUCAUCAAUAUAGCAAGGCUAUUAAUUAUUAUGAAGCAGCUCUAAAGAUGAGUGAGCAGGACUUCUUGUGCCAUGAUCUUGCUGAACUCCUCCUCAAACUCAAGAAGUUUAACAAGGCAGAAAGCGUUCUGAAUCAAGCUAUGGAGCAUGACUCUGUUAAUGACUUGCCUUCCAUGAUGAAGGAUGUCAAGAGCCUGCUUUUACUAGCAGAGGUUUACAAAAACAAUAAAAAAGAAGAAGUGAUGGGAACUUUGAACAAGGCCUGUGACAUACAGUUGAGAAUACUGAAGCGUAUCCCUCUGGAACAACCUGAAUUGAUCCCUUCUCAGAAGCAGUUGACAUCAUUGAUCUGUGUACAGUUUGCAGAGCAAUACCUAAUUGAGAAAGAGUAUUUACAAGCUGUUAAAUGGUAUAAAGAUGCACUAUGUUAUACUCAGACAGAUAGUAAAGUAAGUAUUGUCUUAAAUCCAAGUCAGUAUCUGUUCAACAAUACUUUAAGUGCACAUACGCCUGCAACUGCAUAUUACAUAUUCUCUCCAAACAGGCACAUGGGAAAGCCCAAUCAGGCACUGAAGUAUUUCAACAAAGCUCGAAAGGAUAGUGACUGGGGCCAGAGAGCCAUCAACAAUAUGAUUCAGAUCUGCCUAAAUCCUGAUCAUGAGAUAAUAGGAGGAGAAGUGUUUGAAAGCCUCAAUGAAGAGGACAGUAACUUAAAAGAGAAGAGAGACUCUGAGCAACAUGGGAUACACACAGCUGAGAAACUACUUAAAGAGUUUUAUCCUCACUCACAAGAGGGACAAAAUCAGAUGAAGAUGUUAAAGAACUGCUGUCUGAUGGCCACAAAAGACAAAAUUAAUGUGGAGAAAGCCCUCAGUGUAUUUGUAGAAAUGGCCCAAAAUGAGAGGGAAAGCGUUCCAGCUAUUUUGGCAAUGGCCCAAGCCUAUAUGAUUCUGAAACAGACUCCCAAGGCCAGAACCCAGCUAAAGCGGUUAGCCAAAGCUAACUGGACUUUAUCUGAUGCUGAAGAAUUAGAAAAAAGUUGGAUGUUAUUGUCUGACAUAUACUGCAAAAGCGGAAAGUACGAUCUUGCAACUGAACAACUGAAACGCUGCUUACAAUACAAUAAGUCUUGUUCAAAAGCUUAUGAAUAUAUGGGUUUUAUCAUGGAGAAAGAACAGGCCUAUAAGGAUGCUGCAACUAAUUAUGAAUUAGCUUGGAAAUACAGUAAUCAAGCAAACCCUGCUGUCGGUUUCAAACUUGCUUUCAAUUACCUGAAAGAUAAGAAAUAUGUGGAGGCAAUAGAAGUUUGUCAUGAUGUUUUGAAGAUAUGCCCAAGUUACCCAAAAAUUAGAGACGAGAUUUUGGAAAAGGCUCAAGCAGCUCUCAAACCUUAAAAAAUAAAAGUCUGGAUAAUAUGAAAUGCUUUGAUAUCAGAAAUAUGUCAAUGAGCACUAGAAAUAAAAACAUAUUUAAAGUAAAGAUUAUUAGGCAUUUUAGAUAUUCUAAUUAGUACAAAACUCAGCCUUGCCUCUUUGCAGAGAGUAUGCUACUGAAAACGUGGAAAUAAACAACUAUUAAGACUCAGGCCUGGCCAUUAAACUGUGUAUAUGGACUGACAAAGGGGAAUUGUAAAUUCAGCAGAAGAGUGUAUCCUCUUGAUCUUAUCUACAUUAUUUACAGGAUUCAGUUUAAAAGAAAACAGAGUGGGCCUGAUUCUCAUUUUUAAUAAGGCCCCUUUCUAUCAUUCUGUUAGAGUGAAGGAGUCUUAAAGUGAGAGUUAAACUAUGUUUACAUGCACUUUAAGUCCCCUUUACACUACCAGAGUGGUGUAAGGAGGAUUUACUGUAAAUGGGACUCAGGCUCAAUAUAUUUAAUUUACAAUAUAUCAAAGUACUGUAAAAAUAUUUUAAGUACAGGGUUUAGGAAAGUUUGGAAGGUUCCCUUUAUGGCAUGCCUGUGGGACUCACUUGCCUAGUGAAUGUAAUAUUUAAAGUUCUUUUCAAAGAAGUGUGUAUUUCUGUAUGUAUUAACUCUAUAGUGUUUAACCAAUGACCGGUUAUUCAGAUCAGACACCACUUUAGUGUCUUAUCAACAAAUAUGGUUUAGACAUUUAUAUUUAAUAAGACUAAGUCAUCCUUUUGAAAAAAAAUCUAUUCAUCUAUGCUUUAAAAAAAUAAAUGAACUAGUACUGUCCCGAGGCAUUAUAUGGUUUUUAUUUUGAACUUUAUUUUUAAAGCUUCUUCAUUCAUUUAUUUGAUUUUACUUUCUUUUAGUCACUUGCUGAGAAUUCAUUUAGAAAUAUAUAUAUAGAUAUAGAUAGAUAUAUAGAUAUAACAGAAUUUUUCUCCACAACUUAUGUUAAUUCAGGAGGAGCAUUAGCUGACAGAGAGAGAAAUGUCAUUUUUAUUCACAGCUUCUUCAGAUAAUCAAACAAUUCAGAGCAGUUAUAUUGAAAUAAAUAAUUCAUUCUCCAAUAACAAAAGCAGAAGGCAGGGCAAGGAAAAGUAAUUUGUCCCUUUUCCUUUGUUUAUUGAUGAUUGAGACCAAUAUAUAAAGUAAAUGAAAUUGAUUAAAGUUUUGUUUGUCUUCAUUAUUAUGUAUCAACAAACUCUUUUUGCUUAUGUAGUUAUGGGGUUCUGUUAGAGGUGGACAUACUCAUCUUGCCUAAUUUUGAGCCAACUUUAAUAUUGACUUUGAAAGUUCAAAUCAAGCUUGAGUGAUUGUGAGUUUGCAUUCCACUUAGAUGAGACUGUGCGAAGAGGGUGCAGAGAAA